UUAUGGCAUACAGAUUCACGACUAUUUUCACGAUGUAUCAAGAUAUUUAUACAAUCAACAACACGAAGUGUCAUAGUUUUUAUUAUUAAUAUAAAUUACGUAUAUAGAAAUUAUAAAGAAAAGAAAUCGCAAAGAAAUAUUAAAAUGUUAAAAAUUUCGCGCAAAUUGUAAAAGUGUAAAAUUUUAGUUUUGCCAUUCUUUUCAUAAAAUUUGUAUCACGAUAAAAUUACAGAGGUUAUGUUACCGUACAAUUUUAUAAAAAUAAAACAGUUAAAAAGAAGCGUAAAAAUUAAAAUUUAUAAGGCGAAUAACAAUGAUAAGACUCGGAACAAUGUUCGAUAAUCGUGAAAUUGGAAAACGAAUACGACGUUUGAUCGAUGGAAAUUAUUCAUGUCGCAAAAUAUUUGUAUUACUUAUUAUAUGUAGUGGUAUAUUUUUAUAUUUUGGUCCACCUUUCAUACAAUGGAUCUUUUCUUCUACCAGAGAAUCAACACAAGCAAUCGAAGAUCUUUGUAUGAACGAAAGAUUAGCCGCCUUUCGUUUCGAUAUCGGAGAAUAUAAUGUAAAUAUUCUUCACAAUCCACCAAAAGAAGAGGAACAUUAUUAUUUGCCAUAUAUCGGAAAUGGAAUUUUUGGAAUUCCUAUUUUGCCAGAGGCUUUAAUAUAUAUAAAACGAGGACGAGCACUAUCAUUGCCUGUACAAUGGCAACCAUUAAUUUCUCAUCCUUUGCUCAAAAGCAGUUUUUAUCGAGAAGCUACAGUUACACAUUUUACAAAUGGGAUCGUUUAUCGUUAUCAAUGUUUCAGAGAAGGAUAUUACAUGGAGUUUCAAUAUUACGCUCAUAGAAUAUUCGAUGCAAUAUUGAUGCAAGAUAUAAAAAUAACUAAUCCACUUUCAUUUUCUCAAAAUGUACCGUUGAAACCACAAGUAUCUACUCAAUGGAGUAAUUAUCGUAUAGAAACGAUCAAAAUUCAAAUAGAUGAUUUUAUGGAUGAAUAUAAUUUAAUUUCGGGAUUCGUUCCAUUAUCUAAUACGAAUAAAAUUGUGACGAUAUCGAUACUCUAUAAAACGCCACCAAGAACGUUACAAGUUAAAGCAAGAAGUACUAUUAAAUUAAAAUUCUUGACAAGUAUACAAUAUAGCGAACCUACGCUUAUGGAAGAAUAUCACGUUCAAUACGAAUUAACAAAAAAAAGGUCGUUACAGGCGCUUAAAAAAGCCAUCGGUAUUCAGUACCAAAAUUUAAAAGAAGAUCAUAUUAAUCGUUGGCAAAGUUAUUGGUUCACAGGUUUUAGAAUAAGCGAUUCUAAAGCCGAUGGUGCAAUAAAUGGUUAUAAAAUAAAUUCUACCAUAUAUUACGUAUUAUCGCAAAUUCCAAAAGGAAUUCCAGGCAUAGAAAAAAAUGUAGCUACGAAUGAAGGUUGUUAUCGCGGGCAUCAUACUUUGGAUGCUCCACGGUUAUGGAAAGAUACAUCUUCCAUCGAUGCUAUAAACAACGUAGUCGAAGCUUGGUUAGUAACAUUAGAAAAACAAGGAUGUCACCAUUUAAUGAUCGGCGAUCCUGCAGCAGUGCAACAAGCUAUCGUUUUAAGCCUUGGUAGUUUACGUUUCAGUAAUCAGCAUCUCGAAUUUAAUAUCGAUCCUCAAUAUCUUCAUCGCGAUUAUUUAUUUAGGAGAAUAAGUUACGGUAAUGUAACACAUUUAAAUAUAUCGGUAACAGUUGGAGAAGAUAAUCGUGCAAUUUUAAAAGUGGCUUUAGACAAGAGCGAUAGUGUCUAUUUCGGUUGCGAUGCUGGCUGUUUGAAUCCACCUGUUUCUUUAAGUCAAUCAUACGCAAGUAUUCCAGUAAAAUUGACAAAACCAUUAACAGCCAUAUUAUAUAUAACAUCCGAUUAUCAACAUAUGCAAGAUUUGCGAAAUGCUUUACACGUUCAUGCUAUAGACGACGCUCCCGCGCAUGAUCACGUUGUAAUGGCCUUACACAAACAUGGACAUCAAUUAGGAGGAUUGCCAACAUUUUUUUGGAUCAAUUGUUUUCUCAUAAUCGUGUUUCAUUUGUUUCUUUGUAAACUUAUUAUUAAUGAAUAUCACGGUCACCAAGAUAAACAGAAAGUACGGUAUAGUAAGUUAUAAUGUUUGUAUCGCGCGCGUAUAUACGUGUGUGCGUGUGUGUGCGUGUGUGUGUGUGCGUGUGUGUGCGUGCGCGUGUGUAUGUGCACAUGUAUGAAUAUCGAUAUUAAAAUAAUUACGUUACAUACAUUGUACGUGUAUAUAUAUAUAUAUAUAUAUAUAUAAAUUUAAUAAUAAUAUAAAAGCUUAUAAAAAGAGAAAUAUUUCGCUAACUAUUUUUAAUAUCGUAUAAUUACGUUUUUAUUAUUCCAUACGUAAAAUUCCCGAUAAUCGUUAUUUCCGUCAUUAUUUUCGAUAUCAUUAUGGUAAAGUAAUAUACCUAUACCGAAUAAUACUUGGUUCACAGUACAAACAGUAACAAAAAAUGAUUUUAACAAGAAGAUAAAUACGAAACGACUCGAUAUAAAAAUAUAAAAUUCGUUUAUUCGUGUUUUCAAUGAAAUUAAUUUGGAAAAAAUAACAAAUCAUUCUAGGAAUCUCAGUUAUCGCGUUUAUAUAGAGCAUCGUAUUUUAACGUAAUAAGUAUAUAACGUAAUAUAUUUUCAGUAGUUAGAAAAAGGGCUUCCUCACCGAUUUCGAUAACUUUUGAAUAUUUC